GUUGCUUAGAAUUAGCCAUUCAAUAAUAUACUAAAAAUGUACUUAAAGGUGAACCACCCCUUUAAUUUGUAUUUCCCAAUCUGCUACAGUUUCACAAACGUAUUUGCUUUUGUAUAUGAUGCUUUAUAUAGAAAAGCUUUUCAGGUAGCGUCUAAAUUAAAGUUCGAUUGGCACUGUGGGAGUUAAUUAUCCGGGCAGCAUGGAAAUGGCUGGGGGAUUGUCAUGGAAGAGGAAGGUGAUCUAAUAACAGAUGAAGUACAGGGAGCCUGGUAGUACAGAAAGCAUCUAAACACAAUACACCUGUGCUGGCAACCUAUCCCAGGAGAGAGGGUGCGGGGAGGCCAGGACUGGAAAGAACCUGAGACAAGGCAGAAGGAUAUGGCAAGAGACAUAGGGCACAGAAAAACAUCUGCGAAGUGCUGCGAGAAACAGUUUGCAUGUAUUAAGGGCUCAGGAAAAUGGAAAUAACAGGUGUAAACUAGUUCUGCCUGCACUGCUGUCACCAAUUUACCAACAUUACAGGAGCUGAAAGUAAGGGCUGAACCGCUGGAAAGGAAAGCUCGACUACAGAGGGGACUACAAGUGGCAAAAUAAUUAUCCGAGAGACACAUAAAUACAGGAUGCAGUGCCCCCGAGACACAGGAUCUGGGGCGACCUCCUCUAAUUGGCAUGUUGCUGAGGAAGGACAGUGGGUACGUCUGAACGUUGGGGGCAAGAUGUUCCUCACUACAAAACAGACCCUGUGCCGCGAACCAAACUCAUUCCUUUGCCGACUUUGCCAGGAGUCCCAGCUGCUGUCUGAAAAGGAUGAGUCCGGGGCGUUCCUCAUUGACAGAGACCCUUCUUACUUUGACGCUAUCCUGCGCUACUUGCGGCAUGGGAAACUCAUAGUAGACAAAAAUGUUUCAAUAGAAGGAGUGCUGGAAGAGGCCGAGUUUUAUAAUAUUGCAUCAUUAAUUCAUAUUAUCCGGGAGAAGAUGGAGGCAGCAAAACUGAGCCAGCUCCAGCAGAAGCACGUAUACCGGGUCCUGCAGUGUCAGGAGGCUGAGCUGGCGCAGAUGGUCUCCUCUAUGUCUGACAGCUGGAAAUUUGAGCAGCUUGUGAAUGUGGGGUCUCCAUACUGUUACAGCACCGAGGGACAAGCUGAGUUUCUGUGUGUAGUGUCUAGAGAACUUCAGACUCAGCCGAAAUCCUGUGAUGGAAAAACAAUCUGCAAGGAGCACGUACAGAGCUGUGAUACAGAAGAGGAGAGUGAGCCAGUGCUGCGCCCAGAGUCUGUUCUCUUCCAGGAGGAUGAACGAGAGGGGAACAGUAGAGAAUAACUUCUGUGAGUCUCCAUCCAAGACUCAUCCAGCACUUUCCAUCUGUAAAGUUCUCCUGCUCUUUAUUACUUUACUCUCCCUCUUCUAUUUCCACAAACCUGUGUAUCAUCUGUGGCUCAUUAUCUCUUGCGAGUUCGUGUUGCAAAUAAAAACAUUAGAACACA